ACUUGGCAACACUCCGCUCAACACCCGUCCUUUCCUGAUUGGACCCCCGGAGACUCAUCAAAUCCACCAUGGAGAGAGGUGCCAUACUCUUGGUGUUCCUGCUCUGCACUGUCCUAGGACAGGCGCUUAGCCCCAUCACAAUCUUAUCAUUGGAUGACCAAGCCAAGAUCAAGGCAGUCUUUGCCUCGGCGCGUCCCUUCACUGAUUUAGCCGAAGCCCACUACUCCAUCCUGGGUCUCAAGCUGUUCAGUGUGCCCAUUCCUAAUCCGCAGGAGGCUUGUACAUUCUUGAAGGCCAAGCUGGACCCUAGUAAUGUGGAGUCAGUAUACCAUGCUACCACGGCUGCAAAGGCCCUGGAGAACUGCAAGGUCACCGUUAAUGAGCAAUCGAUAUCAUCUGCCAUCAAUGACAGCGUUGACAUGGCAACGCUAUUCUAUGCUGUGUCAGCCCUAACCACGCUAGGCCUUAAAUUCAGUUCUACAGAUGUCCUGAAAUCAUUGGAUUCAGCACUCAAGAAGGACGACGGCGUCACUAGUUCAAGCUACGCGCUACAUAUUGCAGCUCUGCUCCCCGCUGAGACAAACAUGGACAAAUACUUUGAUCUGGUUGAAGAUAUUGUUGCCCAGGCAGACGAAGUGGAUGAAAAAUAUUUGCAGUUUGAUACCUUAUUCCAGAGUGGCCUCUUUUUAGAUGGAGCUUAUAAGCUGGCUGCAAAAAUCAACAAGAAGCCACUUAUAACCGAGGAUCAAGCAGUGAUGCUCGGUAACUUUGUCUUGAGCCGCAAGUCAACACAGACGGUUGCCAAUGCCUACAGCGUCGUCAUUGGAGCCAGGGCCCUGGCUAGUAACAAGUUCCAUGUGCCUGUGUCAUUUACCAGAGUUGGGACCAUGGCUGUCUCCACCGAUGCUCCUAAUGUCAAGGUUCAAGUCUCUAAUCUAAUGGCAGGCAGUGUUGGCAAGCUAACCGUGGAAGCCACAUCGAUAUCUCCCAAAGAUGGGGGGAAAGCAGUUGCCAAGGACCUGGUCUUCGAUGGUACCAAACAGCCGACGGAGUACCAGCUGAACCUCAUGGAAUCCAAGCCAGCACCUGCCUUCUAUGCAGUGGCUCUAAAGGCCACACCUACUUCUCCGAACCCUGCCCUGAUUGGCCUCAGCGAGGGGACCAUGCUUGUCAAGGUCACGACCGAGGUCACUGUGGACAACAUGGAGAUCUCCGUCAUCGACAAGGACCAGUCUAUCACAGCUAAGACCGUCAAGGUUGUCCACCCCAGGAAGGUGGACAAGGGUCUGGAAGCUGACCAUCACCAGAGCGUGGUCUUGAAAUUCAACCUGAAGGACAAGGCUGGACAACCGCUAUCCGUCCACCAGGCGUUUGUUCGCUUGUCCAACAUCAAGACAAAGCAAGAGGUCAUCUUCACAGCUGAUAGCGAUGCGUCCAUGAUGUACAAGUUCAGUCUUGAUGUUGCAGAGAGCGGUCGCGAGUACUUCAACCAGCAGUCUGACAAGUACACCUUGGACCUCAUCAUCGGCGAUGCCAUCAUCAUGAAUCCCUUCUCCUGGAACUUGGCUGAUGUGACCCUGAAAUUCCCAGAGCAGGAGGACACCAAGCCUGCUGGCCAGGCUCGCUAUGCUGAGCUGCCCGAGAUCAAGCACAUGUUCCGUGUGCCGGAGAAACGGCCCCCUACCGCCGUGUCCACCACCUUCACCGUGCUGUGCCUCGUCCCUCUACUGAUUCUCAUCAUUCUGUGGUUGAAACUGGGUGCUAAUGUGAAGGGCUUUACGUUCUCUAUCGGUGCCAUCGGCUUUCAUCUUGGACUCGGAGCCAUUCUGGGCUUGUUCUACUGCUAUUGGGUCUAUCUCAACAUGUUCCAGACGCUGCAGUACCUCGGCCUCCUAGGCAUCUUCACCUUCCUCACUGGCAACCGGCUGCUAAGCAGUAUCGCACAGAAGAAGCGUGAGAAAUAAGUCAUCGAGGAAAGCAGCGGCCAUUUUAUAAUUGUGAGGGACAUAGCAAGUCUUUACUGAUGUGGGCAAGGUUGAAAAUUGGUCAUUACUUUUUUGUUGUUGUUUUUCAAUGUUUUUCAAGAAAAAAAGGAGAAAUCUGUGAAACUGGCAUAAAAAACUGAUUUGUAUUUGCUCUAGCAUAGAAUUUAGGCAAAGUUUUAAACUUUUCUACAAAAUACAAGGAUAGGAGGACAUUCUAUUCUGAUUUGCCUGUUACCUUAGCGGGAUUUAAAAAUACUGGAUUUUUUUUUUAAAGGCAACUUUUUCAAAGUGAUCCCACUGUGCGGAGUGAGAACAAGUUGCAAUAUUUGCAAAAGGAGCGGAGCUGUCUGUGGUUUCAAAAUCCAAGCCAAAGCUGGAAAUAAGCCAAAUUCAGACGUAGCCUGAAGCCGUGUCCAAAUCAGAUAUCCAGUGGCUAGGACUUUAUUGUUUGUCACAAGCUUGUCGCCACAGCCACAGACAAUUGACCGUUUCAGUCACGGCCCACCUCUAAAGUGUGCUGGCUCUUUCCAGCUAACAAUGUCAAUUUGAGAUACUUAUAGUAAAGCCAGGGGAUAGGUUUCACAAAUGGCUUGCUCUGAAGAAGUCCAAACAGAUCUUAAUGGAACACUGUAGCUUCGAAAUAGGCAAAUAUGCUCAAAAAUGGUUGUCACAAAAGCACCAUCUGGAGUAGUAACUUUUGUGACAACCAUGAUUUUUGUCACAACCCGAUAUGGACUUAUUGUGGAUAUGCAGAAAUUUCCGACACUGUUUGUUCUGUAGGCAAUGUCCUUAUGGCUUGCUUCUGGUGAAGGGUUUUGCCAAGUGCAUUUAUAGUGUAGAGGGCAGGGAUAAAAUGAAAAAAAAAUGCUGAAGGAAAAAUCAAGGUCUGGAUUGGAAUGAUGUGUAAAUGAUUGCUUUAAGCAAGGGAUUUUUUUUCCAGAUUGUUGGAAGAAUUCUGUUCGUACUUUAUCGAAAUUUUCUGUGAGGAGUGUGUAACAAACAUUUGACAUACAUCUUUCUGACAUUUGCCAUGGAACGAAUCCUUGGUUUUGAAUUAAUGCAUAGCCCAAAGGACCUCACUGCUUUCACUCAUCUGGAGACACUGAAAAUCCAGGAGAGAGAAUUUGAUCAGAACUUUACAAAACCAACAAGAAUACGCUGUCUUAGUUUGGUUUGGUUUGGUUGUAGAGUAAUACGAGUUGAGUUUUGUACAAAUAUGGAAGCAAGCACAAAGUUACGAAUUUCGGCACAGUUUUGAUGAAACUGAGCGUAUUCUUUUUAUUUUGCUUGCCCAAACCGUUUUAUUAUAAAAAAAUGAACCAAACAUAGCAGCAACAUUUGCACUCGAUGGCACUUCUGUCCACACAUCACAUACAUACACAUGUAUCUCUCUCUCUCUCUCUCUAUGUUUGUCAAAGAAAGUACUAAUUGUCGAGUUGUGAUUGAAGGUUUACAACACAAUCAAGUCAUUUUGUGUGGGGAGUCGAAACGGGAAGACCUGCAUUAAAACAGUAAUGCUGAUUCCAAGUUUUAAA